AGCCAUGCGGAAGGAAAAUAGACGUGUUAUGUUAUAAACGCACUUACAUCAACAUUUCUUAUUGUUAAAAAUGCAUUUAUCAUUAAUUAUAAACUAAAAUCUCACUUAAAAUUUAAGAAUUUAACAUUGUUCCUACGGUCAAUCUUUUAUUGUUUUUUCGUAAUAGCGGCUUUAAAUUGCUAACUAUUUUAACUCCACUUUAGGAAAUCCAAAAUGGCGUCGUCUUCAGUUCAAAUCGGCAAGAAGGAGCCAGAAAUUGUAGUGUUUAAAGAUCCCAGUAAGCAAAAAAAAAAUUUUCAUCAGCAACAUAAUAAAAGAAAAAAGGAAAAAUCCACAGAGAAACACAAAGAGAUAAAAGAUUUCAGAUCUGGUAAUUUAAAACGAGAAGUUUCCAAAUUAGCUCUGUCAGCUUAUACAGGAAAAGAAAGAGAGCAGGCUAUUGAAUCUUAUCUCAUAAAACUUGGAGCACAUCCUGUCAAGAGAAAAAAAUGUGAAAAUUAUAAAUUAUUUCUUGAAAGAAAGAAAAAUGAGAAAGAUGAAGAAAAGACUAAGAACACUGAAAAAUUCCGAGCAACUACUUCUUUCAUGUAUUGUGAGAAAAGUUGGGCAUAAAAAGAAUUAGAUGCAGUAUGCAAGAGAGAAGACUCUGCUGGUUUGGUCAUGUGAUUCUUAUGGAUGUAGACAAUUGCAUAAAAAUGUGCUGAUCACUUAAAAUGGAUGGAACUUGUGGAAGAGGAAAACCCUGGAAGACACAGGAUGAAUUAUUGAAGGCUGAUCUCAAGACGCCGAGCCUUACAAAGAUGACAAAGAACUGAGAUAUCUGGUGUCUUGCUGUACUCAAGAAGACGUGCCUGCUACAGCUGAGUUGAUAUCUUAAACUACCUUGGUUAAUGCUCCCCUUCCAGUUGAAUAGGUUUUUGUUUUGCAAGUUACUUGGUAAACCCUUUGGUGCCAGUGCCAAGUACAAAGCAUCUGUGCUGGGGCCACGUAAAAAAGCACCCUGUACACUCUGUGUGAUGGGUGGAAGGGCAUCUGGUUGUAGAAACAAAGCCAAAACACACAACUGGAACUUGGUGCUGCUCCCCAGUUUGCCAUCCAACCCAUGCCAGCAUGGAAACUGGAUGUUAAAUGAUGAUGAUGAUGAUGAUCUGUAAAACAUGCACACACAUGCACAGCUUAGAGGGAACAAUGACUACAAGAAGAUAACAUUGACACCAUAGAGGUCCAGACAAAUAACUUAAUUUUAGAAAUAUUCACUUAGUUUCAAUGAUUUAAUUUCUUUUUCUUGUUGUUCAUCAAAUGAUUCUGGGUUGAAAUUCAGAUUAUUUGCACCCAGAAUCAUAUUCUGAUGUUAAAAUUCAGAUUAUUUGCACCCAGAAUCAUAUUCUGAUGUUAAAAUUUGUUUCACAUCUAGCCAUAGUUGAAAAUUUCUCAAAACUGAUUGUAUACGUAAAUAGCACCAUUUGAGCGUAAUCAUUACCAGCGUCACCUUCCUGGCACGUGAAAAGACAUUUGAGUGAGGUCGUUGCCAGUGCCGCUGGACUGGCUCCUGUGCAGGUGGCACGUAAAAUACACCAUUUUGAGCAUGGCCGUUGCCAGUACCACCUGACUUGCCCUCGUGCCGGUGGCACGUAAAAGCACCCACUACACUCUCAGAGUGGUUGGCGUUAGGAAGGGCAUCCAGCUGUAGAAACUCUGCCAGAUCAGAUUGGAGCCUGGCGUAGCCAUCUAGUUCACCAGUCUUCAGUCAAAUCGUCCAACCCAUGCUAGCAUGGAAAGCGGACAUUAAACGAUGAUGAUGAUGAUGAUCCUUGCAUCCAUUAAAUCACAGAUUAAGAAUUCUUUUGCACAGAUACUGUGUAAUGGAAGCAACAUUUUACUCCUUCAUCACAACAAAUUAAUUUUGUUCUUCGUUAUAAGUUGGUAUGGUAUGUAAGUGCAUCUAUAACAUGUUUGGAUGUGUGUGCUUAUUUGAAUUACAUUGUUUGUGUACUUGUUACACUUUUGAAUAUUGUAUGAACAUGGGUGUGUGUGUCUAUAUAUAUCAACUGUAUGUGUGUGUGUGUUGAAGAUUUGUUGAUUGUUAUAAUGAUUUCUUAAACAAAAGGCUUAAAAUUUUUGUGAGGGUGUUAGUCAAUUACAUUGACUCCAGUGCUUAACUGAUGCUCAUUUUAUUGACCCUGAAAAGAUUAAAGGCAAAGUUGACCUCAGCUGUAUUUGAACUCCAAAUGUAAAAGCUGGAAGAAACGCUGCUAAACAUUUUAUCUGGCAUGAUAAGGAUUCUGCCAGCUCACCGCAUUAUAAUAGUACCAGCAAUCGCAAGAUCAUAAUCUCAAUUCCCAGACCAGACUAUGCAUUGUGUUCUUGAGCAAGAUACUUCAUUUUACAUUGCUCCUGUUCACCAAGUUGUAAAUGGGUAAUCUUGUGAUUGAUUAGCAUACAAGGAUGAGAUGGUGACUCAAGAAAAUUACCUGAAUGGAGGUCUUGUGAGCCACAUUUUUUAUUCAGCAAUAAAAAGGAUGAAUAGUACAGCCCAUACUGUGAAUCCAAAUUGGUUGGGAUUGGUUGUUGAACUACAUCAAGAGAUAAAUAAAUAAAAAUGUACAUGGGCCAACAUUAGAAAAUCUUACAUAGUUAAUGAAGCAAUUUGGUGUUUUGCCUUUUAUUUUUAUCUUUGUUGCAACUCAUCCUUCUUGUCAUUCCUGUACUUUCUGUAGUUUGGAGAGAAGGACAUUGCAGAAAGAAUUUCAGUGUUCAGGACUAACAUUGACCAAGAGGCUGAAGAUGGUCUCAAAAUAUUUGCCAUUUUCUGACACUAUCAGGGCUAUCAAAAUCAUGACCAAGUUUUUGAAAACCUUCUGUAGAAAGUUGUACACAAUACUUCUGGUUUUCUUUCAUGUAUAGAUUGAGAUAGAUCAAGUUAGCAGCUGAGAAAGGGACUUCUGGUAGCUGCUCACAUAUCACAGUAUAAGCAAUUUCAUUUCUGUCUCAAGUUUAUAUUCCUUGUUGUUGCACGAAGUAGAAUCAGUAUUGCAAUGAUGUUUUUGUAUACUGUCAACUUAACAUGACAGUCCCAAUAAGGGAAUCAUACUACUGCUAUUUAGCCCUAGGAAGCUGGACCGCUUCCUGUUGGCCUUGACACAUUUCCUGUGUCCUUAUGUUUACGAGGGGGAGACAAGCACCUCCACCCAGCCUAGCCUGCAUCCAGGGAUAUGUUUCUGAGUUUUUGCUUGUCAUCAGCCUGGAGUAGCAUGACUUGCUGGCUGAAGAUGCCUGUCAAGCUCUCGUAAACAUAUAGUAAUUCUAGUGAAACACAUUCACUGAUUACAAAGUUAGAAAUGAUACAUUUCUAAAUCUCUCAGAGACUUAAGCAGUAGUGAUACGAUAAAGUAGUUGGGACUGUCACGUUAAGUUGACAGUAUACAACUACUUUAUCAUAUCACUACUGCUUAAGUCUCUCAGAAAUUUAGAAAUGUUAUUAUUUCUAAUAAUGUUUUUGUUUACAGUUAAUCAAUAUAUUUCCAAAAACUUUCUAACAAAUGUCAUAGUUAUUAAAACCACCUCUGACACCUAUUUACAGUUGCUGGAUGUAUUCAAAUUAUAUUUUAUUGUAGAUUUUCCAUUUUCAUUUUCUCAUAUAGUUUAUAAAAAAUAAACUGGAUAAACUCAUUAAAGAGGUUUUCUUUUUU